UAUGGGUACAGGGGGGACAAAGAGCAAGGCAGGUGAGUCCUAUGGGUACAGGGAGGACAAAGAGUAACGCAGUCCUCUGGUUGAGUGUGGAGAAGCUGUGAAGAGCAGGAACAGGGCAUUCAGAAUGUUGAAAAGGUCCCAUAAUUACCAGCACCUGAAUUAGUAUAAACAAGCACAAUCAGUAGUAAGGAGGAUCAUUAGGACAGCUAAGAGUGCCGGUUGGUGCCGGUUCUGUGAAAACAUAAAAAGGACCACUCCUGUGGGAGAGGUAUGGUAGGUGAUAAAGAGGAUGAGUGGGGUCAGACGAGAUUGGGAUCUCCCUGUGCUGGAUCAUAUGAUCCCCCUGGGCUAAAAAAAUUCUAAAUGUUAUCUAUGCCCAAGCCCUAAGAAUAUGUUGUGAAGCAAUCAGGAGCUCCCCGGUGGCAGCGAUGCAGGUAGAGUUGGUAGAGAUUCUCUUAGAAUUAAGAAGACAACAGCUAACCAUGAUAUAAUGGGUCAAUCUAAAAGGACAUAAGGUUGCACAUCCUACAAAAAAGGUACUCCUAGAGGGCUGGAAACUCGAACGAAGUCUGAAUACAAGUUUGGGAUAGAUAGGCAAUGGCAUGGCGAGAGAGAUGGGGUUGUUUGGGAGGAAGUUUCGACCCUCUGUUGUUCUUCCUGCUAUCCCACCUUGGUUGUUCCCUCAGCCAGUGGUAGAUAUAGGGUUGCCUGAGCAGGUAAGUGCUGUUGAGGAAGGAGUAGUUGUAUUCACAAAUAGAUCAGGGGAGGACAGGUGGAGAGGACAAGUGCAGUUUGACCUUAUGUCUUUGGUCCACACUCCAAUCCAGUUCGUGGCGGUAAUGCACAUUAAAGUUGGUUGCCAACCGCGAUCAAACAUCCAUAGAAGAAGUCACGUGUGAUUGUUUCUGCAGGAAAUCGACAGUCAGUCGGUCUUUCGACUGGAAAUGAAUAACCAGCUACAUUUUCACACAUUGAAUAAGUGUCUCAUUAUGUCUACUUUUUGAACUAAGAAAGAAUAUUCAAAAUAAGCAAAGCAAACGUUAGCCAACUUGCCAGGGCAACGCCCUGUCAGUAACGUUAACGUUAGAUAGGCGUGCUAGCUAUAGCUAGCUAACCGGUUUGGACCACAGAAAUAUUUACAUGGUCUGACAUACUGUACACCGAUAAAAUGGAGCUGUUUCAAGCCAAAGACCAUUAUAUUCUCCAGAGUGGCGACCAUGCUCUUUGGUGUAGCCGAAUAGAUGGGACCAUGAACGCCAGACCUGCAACAGACCUUCUGUUAGCUUGGAACCCUGUGUGCUUGGGCCUGGUUGAGGGUCUCAUCGGGAAAAUACAACUUCAUACAGAUCUUCCUCUGGGUCUCAUACUGAUCCGCCAAAAAGCGCUGGUUGGCCAGAUGCCAGGUGACCACAAAGUCUACAAGAUCACCAAGAUAGCUGUCAUUCCUCUGUCUGAGGAAGAGCCACUGGAUCUGGAGCUGGAGCUUUGUAAGAAGCAUCACUUUGGGAUCGACAAGCCAGAGAAGCUUGCACCGUCUCCAGAUGAGUCGAAGUACCUGAUGAAAACUCUGAGUCAGAUCAAGUCCAAUGUUGGGGCUCCCACUAAGAAAAAGUAUUCCCCUGCCUUUCAGGUCAAGGAAAACAAAGAGAAGGAACGUCUCGAGAGGCGGCUGCUCGACGAGCUGUACAAGAUAUUCAUGGACUCCGAUUCCUUCUACUACAGCAUGACUUAUGACCUCACCAACACUGUGCAGCGGCAGGGAGACACAGAAAAGUCCAAUUUACCCCAAUGGAAACAGGUGGAUGACAGAUUCUUCUGGAACAAACACAUGGUCCAGGAGCUAAUUGAUCUGCAGGUUCCAGAGGUGGACUUCUGGGUGACACCCAUCAUUCAGGGCUUUGUGCAGGUGCAGGAGCUGGUAGUGAAUUACAACGAGAGCCCAGAGGAGGAGAAGAGCAGCCCCGAUACGCCACUCCAGGAGCUCACCUGCGUGGACGACAUCCACCCGCGCUUCACCGUGGCCCUCAUCUCCCGCCGCAGUCGCCACCGUGCAGGGAUGCGGUACAAACGCAGAGGGGUAGACACAGAUGGACACGUGGCUAACUUUGUGGAGACAGAGCAGCUGAUACACGUGCACAACCACUCACUGUCCUUUGUGCAGAGCCGCGGUUCGGUGCCUGUCUUCUGGAGCCAAGCAGGCUACCGCUACAACCCCAGGCCUCGGCUGGAGAAAGGAGAAAAGGAGACCAUUCCUUACUUUGCAGCUCACUUUGACGAGCAGCUCAACCUUUACAAGAAGCAGGUCAUCAUAAACUUAGUGGACCAAAGUGGGCGUGAGAAGAUUAUUGGCGACGCAUAUCUCAAACAAGUCCUUCUGUACAACAAUCCUAACCUUACAUAUGUCUCUUUUGACUUCCAUGAGCACUGUCGAGGUAUGAAGUUUGAGAAUGUGCAAACGCUGACAGAUGCCAUCUCUGAUAUUAUCGCAGACAUGAGAUGGGGCUGGGUGGACCAGGCAGGAGUCAUCUGCCAUCAGGAGGGCAUUUUCCGGGUCAACUGCAUGGACUGUCUGGACAGGACCAAUGUAGUCCAGGCUGCCAUAGCUCGUGCAGUAAUGGAGGCACAGCUGAAGAAACUAGGUGUGAUGCCCCCUGAGCAGCCUCUGCCGCUCAAGUGCUACAGGAUCUACCAGGUCAUGUGGGCCAACAACGGCGACACCAUCAGCAGACAGUACGCCGGCACAGCCGCCCUCAAGGGAGACUUCACCAGAACGGGGGAGAGAAAACUGGCCGGGGUGAUGAAAGAUGGCGUGAACUCAGCCAACCGCUACUAUCUGAACCGCUUCAGGGACGCAUACAGACAAGCAGUCAUUGACCUGAUGAUGGGCCAUCCUGUGACAGAGGACCUGUACUCCAUUUUCAGUAAGGAGAAGGAGCAUGAGGAGAAGGAGCAGGAGAGCCAGAGAGUAACCCAGGAGCAGGUCAGCCUCCUGCUACAGACUUACAUGCAGCUACUGCUGCCCGACGAUGAGAAGUUCCAUGGUGGCUGGGCCCUCAUCGACUGUGACAUGAGUCUUAUUGACGCAACCAGCAAAGACGUGGAUGUUCUCCUGCUGUUAUCCAACAGUGCAUAUUACAUUGCAUACUAUGAUGAGGAAACUGACAAAGUCAAUCAGUACCAGCGCCUCAACUUGGAGGGUUUGGAAAAGAUUGAAAUAGGCCCAGAACCUACUCUGUUCGGGAAGCCCAAAUUCUGCUGUAUGCGUCUACAUUACAAGAAUGAGGAGACAAGUGGGUAUUUUCACACAAUGAGGGCUGUCACAAGGAAUCCUGAGGAUGACGGUAAAGACACGUUACAGUGCAUAGCUGAGAUGCUUUGCAUAACAAAGCAAGCCAUGGGACUUGACAUGCAGGUGAUUGAAAAGAAACUGGAGAGAAGGCACAGUAAACCUCACGAGGACAUCAUGGGCAGACACCCUGACCAGGUCCUUGGCAGCUCUGGUCUGGCUCAGGGAAAGAGCUUCCUCCUCAACAAGUUCUCCUCUCUCAACCAGAGGGUGAAGAAGUCCAAUGUCAACAUGGGCUCCUUCAAGGGGAGGCUGGGCAACACCUUCUCCACUAAGCCCGACGUGAACUUCCUGAAGCCCACCAUUGGGAUCACCCUCUGGAAGUCUGACAGCAGCUUGGAGACCUCCGAGGGGGCAAACACCGGCCCGGCUCUGAAGGACCUCUGUGACAACCACUCAGAGAUGUCGUCCGACUCAGAUUCGUACAACUCGGAUGAACACAUGCGCUCCGGCUCCUUGGAAAAUGUGGACUAUGUGCUGCCCAGCUGCGGCAUCGUGGCAUCAGCUCCUCGACUAGGCAGCGUGGAGCUUAACAUCAGAGUCACUGGCUGUGACAGUAAACAGGGGGCUCCGGCUCUAGCCGGUCCUGAAGACCAGUCUCCCGACGCUACCUCAGAGGGUGAGGAGGCCAUCCUGAUAGACUUUGGAACGCCCAUUGAUGCCUAUUGCCACCAAUUCAUCCAAGAUGCGCAGAUCAAACCUGUGGAGGUAUUCGGGGAGCAGAUGACUGGUGGCGUCCCAACACAGAACCCACAUGUCCCUUCACAUGCUAAAGGUCCCCUGGCCCCAGAUGAGCACCCAGGUUCAGAUCAGAAGAUGCAGGCAAAGGAGCUCCAGCUCCCUUCCAGGCCAUCCCAGCUAGAUGUUACCUCCAGACCCAAUCUCCUGACUGCCCAGAAGCUCAGCUCGGCAGCUUCUGGCAGCUCCCAGAGGAGCCUGGGCUCUCACAUGGAGGGCAGCCUGGGCCCCUUGCCCGCCGACGGCAACAACAGCCGAGUGGUCUCCCCCUUUGCCAAGAUCAAGAGCUCAAUGGUGCAGGUGGCCAGCCUGACCCAGGCCGGACUUACCCAAGGCAUCAACUUUGCCGUGGCAAAGGUGCAGAAAAGCCCAGAGCCAGAAGUGGGCGGUCUCAAUGAGACACAAGAGAACGAGCUGAAGGCAAUGUUUACACAGUGCCAGACGAGGAUCAUACAGAUCUAGCACUUCUUAAAGUUGUACCCUCUAAGCAGGUUUUUGUACAGUUAGUAGUAUGUGACUUCCAGUACAGUAGCUAGCAGUAGCAUAAGCUUGCACAAGAAGGGACCCACACUGACUUGAAUAAGAACCCUGCUCUUCAAUUCCCCUUGUAGUUGACCUGACCAUGUUUACAGCCAGUGUUGUGUAGUAUAUAAUACCCCAGCUCAAUACACGGCGUACUUAAUCCUAAUGCAAUUCCUUUCCGACUACCGCAAAGCAUUAUAUUCUGCCAAUAUGAACUAAUUGAACUAACCAUAGCCUAAAGACAAUUAUUUAAUGAAAAGCAGCAAACAGACAACAGUCUUUCACAUUCUUUAAUAAGACUCAAACAGAAAAAGGCAAUAGCUACACCUCGUUUCAAUUUCCCACCCAAAUACAGGGAAACUCUACAUAUUUCAAUGUGUUGAGUGCGCAAGUGGGUCUGUACUCUGUACGCAGCGUAGUACCUUCGUUGACGUGUUUUGCUCGACAAAGACUGAAGCAUACCUUUCAAUUGAUUUUCCAGCUACAUUUGCAUGUCAGGCUAUUUAUUGUUGAUAACUGAAUUAGAUAAGGUAGGCAAUAUCCAGUGCAUGUUGAGAGAUGAGCUCUGAAUUGAUUACUUUUGUGAUUCCAUAGGUGCAGUGCACCUAUUGGCGUUUGUGAUAUAGGCCUAGUUCAUAGCUCUGUUUCAAAAACAUUAGUAGAAGUGUCCGACCAAAUGUCCCUAUUGAUUUUCAAAGGGCAGCUCAAUGUUAGAUAUUAGACCAACCCUAGGCUAGUAAGAAAACAAACAUACAACUCCUAGAUAAAUGGGGAUCGGUAGCUCGGUUUCCAUCAAAUUGGUGACAGAUUUUCAUGUGAAUAUUCAAAAAUCUGCAUUCAAAACAUUAUUCUCACCAGAGAUGUUUCCAUCAAAUUGACUUGUUGUGGAUAAAAAUCUGUACAUGAUAAUGUAGUGCACAUAAAAAAUUACUUUUGCGGUUACAUUCCUGUUCCGAAAAAAAAAAAAAAAACUAAAUUGGUUUCCAUCGCAUUUAACUCUGUUUUGUCACAAAACAAAUUGUUAUACAGUGGGGUCAAAAAUGACAACUUUAAUAAAGAUGACUGAAAUAAUUAAAAUACUGAGCUAUAUUGUAUGCUCAAAAUUUUGGGGAAAAUUAUAUUAAUACAAUUACUCAGAAAAUAGAUGUUUAAACAAGUAAUAUAAAAAUAUCUAAAGAAGGUGGGGUUCAAAAUUGACUCCACUAAAGAUUCUUGUAAAUAAAGUAGUCAAGUUUAGUAUUUGGUCCCAUAUUAUUAAUGGUAAAUAAUGUAUUGUGUUAUUUUGGAGUCACUUGUAAAUAAGAAUAGAAUAUGUUUCUAAACACCACUUGAUACCAUGAUUACAGCUAAUCCUGAAAUGAAUCUUGAGUGAGAAAGUUUGACCUAAAAUCAUACCCCCCCCCAACAAGUUUGAGUCACACGCUUAAUGUUGUCAUUGCGUGCUAGGAAUAUGGGACCAAAUACAACACUUUUGACUACUUUAUCGUUACAGAUGACAAUUUUGACCCCUAACUUUGAGAUUUUUUUAAUGACUUGUUAAACAAAAUCUCGUUCCCUGAGAAAUUGUAUGAGUAUAAAAUAAUAAUUGCAUUCAUUAUUGCUCAUAUUUAUCAAGGGUGUCAAUAAUUUUGGACCCCACUGUAACCUAUGUGCCCACACUGGUCUUUGCACGUGCUCUCUAGCCAAAAGCUUGCAGGUAGGCUACCGACAUGAUGAAUUUCCUAUUAUGGACAAAAGAGCAAGAUUAUUUUUACUUGUCAAACGGCAGCCAAGCAUCGAUCGUCAUGUCACCAUAAUAAGACUCGAUAUUUAUUGGAAAACAGCAUUAAACCUAUCACCGUGCACUUUCUCCACCCUCAUAACUUAUUUCAUCUGUAGCAUAAUACACUCCAUGCUUUUCCGAGUCGUAGUGGGUGGACCACACAUGUCAUUGUGUGACUCCAAGUUCGAUAUGAUGGUUAUUAUAUCAAUAUUUGCGUAUAAUUAAUUUUACUGACACAAAAAGAUCCCACCUUGUCUAGCAGAUUCUGUCGUCAAUUAUUUUAUUUUUCUAUCCCACAUGUACUUUACUCUCAUAAAAAAAUGAGUUGGAAACCUGG